AUGAGAUCCCGAACAGCCGCACCGAAUCGCAGCCGCGCCAAAGUUGUCUUCGCCCAUCGCAUCAACGGCUGGAGCAAGAUCAACGUCGACACCGACACCGAAACCGACACCUACAAGAUGGCCGCCGCCGCAACGGAGAAUCCGAUGCGGCCGACGCAGCCGACGCUGGAUGCCGAUGCCGCGAGCCGAGGCAGAGUGCCGCACCUCUUCUCUUCGAACCCUCCGAUCCGUGACACGCUCGAGACGGGGAGCUCGCGCCUUCAGGAGGAGACCAUCAAGGAAUGUCUGCCCUUCCUGGCCGACGGAGAAGGACACGAGAAUCGCAAUGAUCAUGGCAUCCCGCACCUGUACCGCCGCCGCCACGUCAAGUUCCUCCGGAAGCAGCUCGGCCUGCUCCCGUCCGGCUUCACGGCUGCCGACGCCAGCCGACCUUGGUUUUUCUAUUGGUGCCUCAACGGACUCGCGCUCCUCGGGGAGGACGUGGGCUCCUAUCGCUCGAAACUGGUCGAGACUGUUCGUCCCAUGCAGAACCCUACAGGAGGCUUCGCCGGUGGCUUCGGUCAGGCCUCGCAUCUCGCCACCACCUAUGCGACGAUCCUGUCUCUUGCUCUCGUCGGAGGACCCGACGCCUACGAGGUGGUGGAGAGAAGGGCCAUAUGGAAGUGGUUGUGCUCGCUGAAGCAACCCGAUGGAGGAUUCCAGAUGGCCAUCGGAGGCGAAGAGGAUGUGAGAGGGGCCUACUGCGCUGCCGUCAUCAUAUCGCUGCUCGACCUACCGCUCGACCUAUCAUCCGACUCGCCUGCUCAUGCAGCCGGCCACACCGGGCUCUUCGACGGCCUUGGCGAGUGGGUGCAACGAUGCCAAACCUACGAAGGAGGUGUGUCGGCAAAGCCGGGCAUCGAGGCCCAUGGCGCAUACGCCUUCUGCGCCUUGGGAUGCCUCUCCAUCAUCGAUUCCCCGCAUCGAGCUGUUCCAAAGUAUCUCCACGUACCGCGCCUUCUCUCCUGGCUGUCCUCUCGACAGUACGCACCCGAAGGUGGCUUCUCCGGUCGCACCAACAAGCUCGUCGACGGCUGCUACAGCCACUGGGUAGGCGGAUGCUGGCCCUUGAUCGAGGCCGCUCUCGAUGGGCCGCCACCUACGCCCGCAGGCCGCUCGCCGACGCAGUCCGAUGCCAGCCUCUUCAGCAGAAACGGCCUGAUUCGCUACAUUCUGACCUGCGGACAGGAUCUUUCGUCCCGCGGCGGCUUGCGAGACAAGCCAAGCAAGUACUCGGAUGCAUACCAUACGUGCUAUGUCCUCUCCGGCCUGAGCUCUGCUCAGCAUAAAUGGACGUUGGACUCGUCUCGAUCCGACGCCGCCGCGAUGCAUGGCGACGUCUGGGUCGGAUUGCCUCACACCAAAGGCGAGCAAAUAUUCGACGAGGAGGAUCGAGUCGGCAUGGCGCAUCCCGUUUAUGUCAUUCCCCAGCAACGAGUGGAGGAUUGCCAGCAGUACUUUGCUUCCAAGCAGGGUUUCUAG